AUGACCCUCUCGCGACAAGGGGUCCUUUGGGGCCUGGUGCUGCUUGCUGGUCUGGCGCUUGCCCAUGGUGGCCAUGAGGCUGUCCCCGAUGGCGAGCCGAUCUCGUUGGAACCCAUUGACUCGACGUUAUGGACACAUAUGAUUCUUAUGGGUACUGCGUUUGGGAUUAUUUUCCCGCUGGGCAUGGUUCUUGGGAUUGUUCGCUCGCGCUGGCACGUCCCCGUUCAGAUUGUUGGCACUAUUAUCGCCGUGGUGGCCUAUUUCCUCGGCCACGCCCAUAAGGGUCGCCAAUUCGGCAAAAAUGCCCACGCCUCGUUCGCAAACUGGUUGAUGCUGCUCCUCGUCGUGCAGGUCGUGCUUGGAUUCUACCUGAAGCUGCAUCUGGAGAAGGCUGGCCAGGGUCGUAUCCGGUGGAUUUUCGUUCUGGCGCACGGUAUUGUCGGCAAGAUCAUGCCGAUUGUGAGCUGGACGCAGAUGCUGUUCGGUGGUAUUGCGGCUCUGGGCUUCUGCCAGGGCGAUCAUAUGGGACAGUGUCUGGCGCAUUUCAUCAUGGGCAGUGCUUUUAUCGCCUAUGGUAUUUGCUUGACUAUCUUGUUGCUGGUGGGCCAGUAUUGGCUCCGCCGCACGGGCCGGAGCCAAGAAUUCUUCGACUCGUUGAUUAUCGCCGCGUGGGGCUGCGUCAAUACCUUUACUGAACAUCGCUGGGGUGGCCCCUGGGUUCACAAUGAUCUCCAGCAUACUACGAUGGGUAUUGUCUGGUGGUGCGCUGGUCUGUUGGGGAUGUGGUUGAGCCGUACCCGCAAUGGCCGGCCGAAGCGGAACUUGAUUCCUGCCAUUGUCAUCGGUCUGACUGGUUAUGCGAUGUCGGCGCACACGCAGUCCCUGAUGAUUAGCACCAUGGUCCACAGUAUCUUUGGUUAUACCCUGAUGGCCGCGGCUCUGACGCGUAUCAUUGAGAUUUCGUUCGUCCUGCGCGACAAGCCCAAUGUCAGCAUGAGCGGCGCCGAGCCGAACAGCUUCCAAUACCUUACGCCUUUCUUGCUGUAUGCCUCCGGCUUCCUGUUCAUGGGCGCUACUGAGGAGCAGAUGGAGCUACUCAGUCAGGCGGGUAUCAUGCAUGUUUCGUAUAUCUUGAUCUUGUACAGCAUCGCCUUCAUUCUCUUCCUAUUCGUCAACAUCCUCCUCCACAUUUACGCCGUCCACGCCUGGCCCGAGGGUGCCCCCGAGGAAGAAGAGGUGGCUCACAAGUACACCAACGCCAAUGGUGGCUACAUGAACGGCCACACGCGGACUGCCGACGCCCAGCGCAUCUCUGAUGCCGAGGCUUUCGAAUUGGAGGGUCUGAUCAGUGAUGAGGAGGACGAAGCUGGCUCCUCGAUGCGCCCUAAAAAGACGGCUGAUGAGGAGAUGGGUGCUAAAGAGGCCGCUCGGUCUUGA